AUGUUCAAACCCGUCUUUACCAAGCGCAUGGCUUUGAACUAUUUGGGGAGUGCAAUCAAAUAUCGGCAUAAUCCGGUGUUGCGGCUACCAAGAAUACCAGUUCGUUUUCAUGGACAUCUCAAAAAGCCGAAUCCCGGAGAGGAGUUGCAUAUCACAUUUAUCACCAAGGACGGAACACAGAAGACUUUUGAAGUUGCAGAGGGUGACUCCCUUUUAGAUAUUGCCCAGGGAAAUCAUUUGGAUAUGGAAGGAGCAUGUGGAGGGUCAUGUGCAUGUUCUACCUGUCAUGUAAUUAUAGAUCCCGAGUUUUAUGAUGAAAUCCCCGAACCCGAUGAUGAUGAGAACGAUAUGCUUGAUUUGGCGUUCGGACUUACAGAGACAUCUCGUUUGGGAUGCCAGGUGUUUAUGAAGAAGAAUCUCGACGGUAUUCGGGUUGCUUUACCUGCGAUGACCAGAAACUUGCAGUCUUCGGAUUUUGAUUGA